AUGUCUGCCUACAAACAAGCUGGUAUUUCCUUAAACAAGGCCUUGGCCAUCUCCGCCAGAGCCGUCAGAUCCGCUUUGAAGCCUGAAUUCAAGACCGUUGCUGACAGAAGAGGUCUCUCUGAAGUCAAGGCCAUCAAGAUUGAAAACGGUGUCCAAAAGGAAGCCAAGUCUUUGGCCGAAUAA